CAAAGAGUUGAGUCAUUAUCUGUCAAACGGUGUCUUGUCACCAGCCUGUGUAUAGAAAAUCUAUUUCUUAUUAUUUUAUAUAAAUUCAACGCAAAUAUCUUAUUUAUAAAAUAAUUUGGUUAGCAUAACAAAAUUUAUUAUAUUAUGACAUUUUAUACUUUAGGCGAAGUGCGUUUUUUAACGGACUAUGUGUGCAAGUUGUAAAUAAUAUAUUGAGUGGAGUGCAUUAUGUGGUCGUUUUUCUCACGGGAUCCCACAAAGGAUUUUCCCUAUGAAGUAGGGGAUCCUGUGGCUGGGCUAGAAGACAGAAGUGUUUGGACGCUGCACAAAGGCAAAAAGCGGGGAACUCAAGAUGAAGUGUCAAUAUUUUUAUUUGACGUCCAAAAGAGUUCGGAGACUCUUUUUGACAUAGCGAAGGCCUCCCUAAAAAAACUUAAGACUAUGAGACACCCUAGCCUUUUACAUUAUUUAGAUAGCUGUGAAACUGAGAAAUUUUUAUAUGUAGCUACAGAGUAUGUACAGCCUUUAUCCACUCACAUAGAAGAUGUUAAACUCGAGGGACAGCAGAAGGAGUUAUUCCUCGCAUGGGGGAUAUUCCAAAUAACUAGAGCAUUAUCAUUCCUAACCAAUGAUGGUAAUAUGAGACACAACAAUGUCUGUCUGUAUUCAGUGUUUGUCACUUUAGACGUGGAAUGGAAAUUAGGAGGCUUUGAAUUCUUAACUAACCAGACACAAGACACCUCAACCGCGAUACCUUUGAAAAUAUUACCAGCACUUGAAAUCUAUGAUCCACCAGAGAAAAAAGAUCCCAGUAAACUAAAAACAGUGACAAAAUGCUCAUCAGAUAUGUGGGGGUUGGGCUGUCUGAUUUGGGAGGCAUUCAAUGGACCGCUGAAAAAUCAACCAGCACUCAAAACAGUGGACCAUAUACCGAAACAGUUGUGCACUUUGUACUGUGAACUAGUUAGUGCUAAUCCUGCAUCGAGACCGAACCCAGCUGAUAUUAUAACAAGAUGUCGCAAAAUGGGCGGAUAUUUUAAGAACGAUCUAAUAGACACUAUGCUGUUUCUGGAAGAAAUACAAAUCAAGGAUAAAGCAGAGAAGGGCAAGUUUUUCUCCACACUCAGCUCGUUCCUCGACAACUUCCCUGAAGCAGUGUGUGUUCACAAGAUCUUACCACAGCUACUUACUGCAUUCCAUUACGGUGAUGCGGGAUCUGCUGUCUUAGCACCUAUGUUUAAGUUAGGAAAAUUAUUAAGCGAAGAAGAGUAUCAAAAGCAAAUAGUUCCGUGCGUUGUGAAACUGUUCGCUUCUAACGACAGGACCACGCGGUCUCGUCUGUUGCAGCAACUCGACCAAUUUAUUGUGCACCUACAGAAUAACACUGUAAACGACCAAAUAUUUCCUCAAGUAGUACACGGGUUCCUGGACACCAACCCCAUUAUCAGAGAACAGACAGUCAAAUCGAUAGUGCACCUCGCCUCUAAGCUGAACUACAACAACUUGAAUGUGGAAGUGUUGAAGCACUUUGCUCGGUUGCAAUCCAAAGAUGACCAGGGAGGCAUAAGAACGAACACCACGGUAUGCCUGGGCAAGAUCGCGUCUCAUCUGCACCCGCAGAUCAGACAGAAGGUUCUGGUGUCAGCGUUCGUGCGAGCCACGCGCGACGCCUUCCCUCCAGCGAGGCAGGCGGGCGUGCUGGCGCUAGCGGCCACGCAGCAGUACUUCCUGUUAGCCGAAGUGGCCAAUAGAGUGCUGCCGGCGCUGUGUCCUCUCACUGCUGAUCCGGAGAAACAGGUGCGUGACGCCACAUUCAGAACUAUAAGGGGCUUCCUUGGAAAGUUGGAGAAAGUGUCAGAGGAUCCGAGCCUAAAGGAGGGAAUGGAAGCAGACGUGCACACGGCGACUCCUUCGCUAAGCAACGCUGCGGCGACGUGGGCGGGCUGGGCCGUCACCGCGGUCACCGCCAAGUUCUAUCGCUCGCACUCCGACACCGCCCGGGUGCAGCACUCCGCCAAGUCCGCGCUCUCCAAACCUGGAUCGUUGGAGCAACCGUCAUCGAGCAGUAUGUCAACGACGACGUCAUCGGUGACAUCGAUGACGUCACUGGAGCACAGCGAGUCCGCGUCCGACUACGACCCCGAGCACUGGGACAUGGCCGCGUGGGGGGAAAUCGACUCCAGCGGAGGCACGUGCGCGAGCGUGAAGUCGCCGCCGAGCAGCGGCUCCGCGCACGCCGCGCCCGCGCUCGCCGCGCUGUGCGAGGACGACUGGGACAACGAGGAGUGGGGCACGCUGCAGGAACAACCCACCGCGGAAGCCGAACUGGCGAGUCCGUCAGAAACCUGGAACAACUCGGUGUGGCCGGACAUGAGCGUGAACAACGCGAACGCGACGUACGUGCGCGGCUCCGCGCGGCUCGAGCACCGCCCCACCGCGCACCAGAACAGCAACGACUCGCUCGGCGGCUGGGAGGACGGCGAGUUCGAACCCAUCGAGGAGAAUGUCGACGAAAACAACGCUUCGAAAAUGGACGAAAUGCGACGAAAGAGGGAAGAGAGGAAGUUGCAGCGACAGAGGGAGAUGGAGGCGCGUCGCUCGGCGAGAGGACAGGGCCCGAUGAAGCUCGGCACCAAGGUGGCCGCGCCGCCGCCGCCAUUCUAGUGAACCGACAGUGUCGCAACCAUGUGGUAAAUGCUGAACACUAAUUUUUUUGUGUAGCAAUCAGCUAACAGCUAUCGCAUUCCGGUAUUCCAUAAAUUCUAAAUAUCUGAUGAUUUCUUUACUUUUAUCAUCAAAUAUACCUUUGCAGAUUACACUAUUGACCAUACUUCACAAAACAUUUGAAUACUAUAUUAAAGCUAUGUACAAUAUUAAACUUAAAUCUCUGCAGGAUGUUGGAGUUCGUUUUGCUAUAUUACCUCGCAGACGCUGUUAGCUUUUUGCCAUAAAAUAUUGUCGACAAAUGCAUGUCAUAAUUUCUGAAGCUGCUGUUUUUAAACUGCGACAGCUAAGAAUCGCAUUUAAAUCCAUAUUAUAUUGCCUAACAAAUAUAAAUCUUAUGACAAAAUAAAUGGAAUCGACUGAUACUGUACGCUAUUUUUGAAGCAUGUAGUGAAAUGCACAACUGUACAAACAUGUAUAGUUUAGGAAAUAUAAUGUACAUUUUAUGUAGCGGCUCAUACUAAUCGUUGCAUAUUAUAAUUAUUUCCUAAACUAUAAGUAUCAGCUAAUUGUGUUUUUCCGAUACAAAAAUCAUGGAAUAAUCUAGAAAAAGGUCUUAAAUAGUUAAUUCAGUUUUCUUUCAUACUUGGCACUCGUUAUGUUUACGAUACAUAAUAUAGAUUUUAUUCACGACAUAUCUUAUAUGUAUAUAUAAUAGAAAUAGAAUCAAGGUUACAUUAUUUCUGAUUACUGCAUCGUGUUUAUUACAUCAUGUUCAGUUUUGCAAAUGUAUCCAAAAGGACAUUGAUAUGCGCAGGAGUGCGGAGUUUUACAUAAGAGAUAGACACGCGUGUGAUCCGAAUUUAUAAUAGACUUAGAAUCGUCCUUUCACGUUUCUUUAUAUAUUGCUAUUAUAUAACUAUUAUGUUUAAUGCAUUUAAUGUAUAUUACUAUAUAUAUAUAUAGUAGUAUUUUGUCACAACAAACCUUUUCAAGUUAAUUUUCUUGGUAUUCUUAUCUAAUUUUCGAAGAUUAUUAUUGAAUGCGAAGAUUUAAAAAAAACUAUAUGAGUAAAUUACAUUGUUUUUUUUUUUAAACACCAUCAAAGACUAUAAAUCAUAAUCAAUGUCCUAUUUGGCGAUUGUGUAAUUAGGGAACAAAUAUUGUAAUUUGACAUGCACCAAAUGGGAGCGCUCAAGUGAGAUUAGACGCCAUUAAGGCAUAAGGAUAUUUUCAAACAUUUUUCGUAAGACAGAUUGGCUAUGGCUUGAAUUAUUAACGGGAGGCGAUUUUGAUAUUAUUCUAAAGCUUUUUACAGACUGAAUCAAAUGUUUUCGACUACGCCGUUCAUGGCGAUUUGCUCCAUUUAUUUUGAAGGCUUUGUGCUACCAAGUAAUCGAUACAUCCCUUGACUUUCAUCGCUUAUUUGCUUUACAGAUUUUUCAACACAUCGUAAUUAAAACCUUAUGAUAAAUGGGUGGCAGAUUGUAUUUGAAUUUUACGGAUUCCCUUAGUGUGUAAUUAAGUCUAGAUUUGGAAGUAUGGAACGCUUUUCCCUAAUGUCGGAUAUCGAAUGUGCUGUCGGAAUAUGAGGGUGUUAAUUUAAUGUAUUGUAUGGUGGAUAUGUAGCCUGUACUUGAAAUUGAUAUGAAAUGGUUUUAGCAAUUAACGAAUUUCAUUGGAGUUUUAAAGUUGCUUAUAAAGUAUAAUAUGUAUUUUAUAAUGAGGCGUUGAAUGAGUAUCGUUUGCAUAUUUUUACCAUUUUGAAAUUGAAACCGUUGGCAUUGAAUUGUUCUUUGAAAGGUUAUUAUUAAUUUUGUAAUCAUAGUUUUGAUUCACAAUUCAAGUAACCUUCAAGGAAAUUCAAUUUUAAGUAACCUUCGUACAAAGUAUUUCUCAAUAGUAUUUGUAACAUUUCAUGCAAUAUCAAGUAUAGCACUAAAUGUCAGAUGUUUGUGAAGACGAUUUUAUAAUUAUAUUAUUAUAUAUAACACUAUAUAUUAUGUGUAUAUUGUGAGUACCAGACUGAGCCGGUCUAUGUGUUUUUAAUUACUUCAAUGGUUCAGUAAAUAUUCCUGUAUGUAAAUCAUAUGGGUGUCAUUUAAAAUGCCAGGUUGUAGUCGGUUUUUGAGGCACUUUCAAGAGUAUUGUCAAUAACAACAAACAUCUAGUGCUUUGAGGUCACUUUGCACAGGCAAAUGAAGGUGUUUUAACUCUUUUAUACAGAUAAAAAAAGUAAAAAAAUAACUCAUCCAUAUAGCUUACGUUCCAGAGUCCAAUAAGUAGUUAUUGAAAGGUGACAACCUUCAAAACUGAAUUACUAUGCUUGAGGGCAACAAUAGCUAUAUAAUAAAAAUGGCGAGCUGUCUUAUGUUUCGCAUUGUCGAUCGAACUUUCUAGCUACUAUUCUUUGUGAUGCAGGUUAUAUAAGUAAAGCUUAUCGGGUGUUUCAUAAAUUUCAAUUUAACUGAAGCUUUUAACAGCUUUUAACUGAAUCGUCAUUUAAAAAUAUAUGAAUAAAUAUUGGAUAUGUGUAAAACGCAGGUAAAGUCCGUGUGAAAUUUUAAAACGCUAGUUUGAGGCAAGUUGCCUGGUUACUUGUUCAUAAUUAAUACCACCACAACCACCAGCGCCUUACAACAAACAUAUUUUUAAAUAUUCCAACAGUGAAUAUGGAUAAAUAUAUUUAAUAAAAAUAAAGCAAUAGACUUUCAGAAACACCAGUGUAGUCUGAAAACAAUUAUGUUAUUUUCAGGUUAUGAAUAAUUAUAUAUGUAAGAUAAAGGUUUAUUACCUAUUUCAGAUUCUUAGGCAUGGAUUCAGAAUUACUCUGGAAUCUUAUAGAACGAAAUAAAAUUAUUAUUAUUAUUUAGUGCUUACAAAUUCUAGUAAUAAUAAAAUCCCUAAAAUAGACCUGAAUUCAUGCCUGAUUUAUUUAAAAAAGGUUUAAUUAUAUGUCCAGCUGUAUUAAGAUUAAAAAUUAUAUUACGAAUGGCAACCCAGCUGUGUGUCAAUGUUUGCUAUAAAAUGUAUGAAUUGAUCGAUAUUGUAAAGAAUUGGUGUGACGAGAUUCUUAUUCUAUCUGCUAAUAUUUACACUUCUGUAAAUAAAAGUUGAAAAAUA